UAUUUGAAUGCAUGACUAAUGACGUAGUACAACACUAAACUUGCCAAACUAAGUUGAACUUCCUUGAACGAUUUGAUUAUUUUAUUGUUUAUUUUGUAGACAAAUAAAAUUAGUUACCAUGACUUAAAUAUAAUAAGAAAAAAAAUGUGUGCACAUAUUUUAUAAAAAGACCAUAACGAAAAACAAAUAAAUACAGGAUCCAGUUAAAAUUGAAUCGCGAAAUGGCUGUUUGUGGUCUAAGGACGUUAUUGUUGAUCGUCUGUAUAUUGGAAUUGAUAAUUACAGUACAGCGGCAAGUUUUUGACUUCCUGGGUUAUAUGUGGCUGCCUAUCAUAGCCAACUUCACUAACAUACUGUUAAUCAUAUUUGGAUCAUUUGGAGCAGUACAGUACAUAACUAAAUACAUUCUAGCGUAUGCAAUAUGGAGUUUCAUGUGGUUGGUGUGGAAUGCCUUCCUGAUUUGUUACUACCUUAAUUUAGGCACCUUAAAUAGGGACAGUGGCCUAUUAUCCUUAGGCACAGGCAGUGUUAGCUGGUGGGAAGGUAAUGGUUGGGGGUGUCAGCCAGUCUGGGAUGAGGUUGAUGGACCUGGCACGUGGCGGCCGACCCGCGUGGAAGGCUGUUUCAUGCGCUGGGACCAUGUAGAGCUGGGACAAUCCGCUGUCGCCGCGACACUCGCGGCCACGGCAUUGCCGCUUGCCGUUGUUUUAGCCUUCAGAUCAUUCAAGAAACGAAAGCCGUCAACAGAUAAGGGAACAAUGUCGCGACGUCCAGUCUACACUAUAGAACUCAGCCCAACUGAAACAAAUAUAAGCGAAACUUCCAUGAAACCCAUGACACCGCGUCGAGUCAAACGUCGUUCAGGUUCUCGAGGGAACAACUCGUCGGUGCGCAGGUCACGGCGUUCUUACAGAAACGCAGGAUAUCUGUCGUCGAACGCUUCUUUGCCGCGGGAGUCGAGGGUGUCUCGUCCCACGUCUGCUCACUCGUCUUAUUCAAAUUUCCAUGCCGCUAGACCAGCUUCCUAUCAUACAGCGGAAAGAGAAAACUUCCAACAUUGUGCAGAAGACGCUUACGACCCUCCGCCGCCCGUUGAAUCUGUUCCUAUCGUAACAAAUAAUAGAUAUAAUACCAUAGGGCGCAGCAGCAUGAAAUCUGGCUACGACGUCGUGGGGCCCUACAACGAACCAAACCCACCGCGAAAAUACGAGCCGAAUAUUCCUUCGUACGAUAAUAUUGAGCGUAGCUACGAAGUGGCGCCUACUUACGACAGUAGAGCGGGCAACAUAAGCCCGUGCGAAUCUCCGUCUUACGUGUACGGCGGCGCGUACGGGGACGGCGCGUGGCAGACGCCGCCGCCGCCCGCGCCCCCGUACAGCGCGCGCGCGGCCCCGCAGCCCGCCGCCGCGCCGCCCGGCCAGCCCGGCCCGCCCGCCUACCAGCCCGCCAACGACCACUACAACAUGACCAUAGCGGCCUAACUCCUCUCUCUAGCGCAGCUGCACACUACUCAAGUGCCUUACUCCAGUGAUUUUAUUUUAUAGGUCAAAUAUGGAGCCCUUAUUCUUUAGUUGUUCGUAAGUUUUUAUUUUUUAAUCAAAAAUCGAAAUAUAAUUGCCAUCAAGUGGUGUGUUUUUAAAAGAGUGUAAUGUGAAUGUGAUUUUAUACGAAUUACUCUACUAGUUUUGAAAUUGUUUCAAACGAAUUAUUUUAUUUAGGUACUUACUUAGACAAGUAUAUUUUAAGUCAUUGUUAUUAUAUUAUCAAGAUGUUAGCUUUAAUGAAACUGUUAGGUUAAGUUUUUGCCAGAAGUAACUUAAUUAGUUUCUAAUUGAGGGUCACGAAGAACUUGUUUUUUAUGUGUUUACGGAUUGUUUGUUACAAGUGUUUCUAGCACAAUAAAUGUCUAGUGAUGUUUUGCAACCAUUGUAAUAUAAUUGUUAGGCACAAACACUGUUACUGCAAAAAAUUACAAGUUAUAUGGAUUUAUAUCUACACAUUCCAAGUGAUCAUUCCUGACGAAAGAUCUUUAUCAUAUUAUUAUAUUAUAAUUUAAAUAAUUAACGACAAGGAUUCCGUUACAACCACUGCAAUGAGUCACGGUCAUAGAAUUCCAGAUAGUGUAUUAAUUACAAAUUCAGUUCUCAAGCAAUAAUGUUUUGUAUAUUUUUUCUAUUUUUUUUUUUAACUAUUCGACCUUCGGUUUGUAUCCAACGGCCAUGCCUUAUAUUUCUAAUUCGGCCUUGGUUCGAAUAAUACUGAAUCAUCACCAAGAAUGUACCUCAUUCCGUCAUUGUAUUGUGGUUUGCUCAUUAACUGUCCUUCCUAGAAUAUAAGCAUCUAGUUCAGUACGUUAGGUAUGAAUGAUGAAAGAAUGUCGUGUGAACUAUGUGAAGUAGGUAAAAGCUCUUUAGUGUUGAUGUGAAACUAUUAGUUUAUACUGUUAUGGGAAUUUACAAGUAUUAUACAUCCGUCCAAACUUAUAAUAAACUAGAAUCUCAAGAAGGUACGAGCUUCGUUUUCUUUGGCCUUAUAAAAGGAUAAAUAUAUUUUAUCGUUAUUUAAACUUUUCUAUUAUUAUUCAGUCUCGACAACUAUGGACCAAUUUUGUACCUAGCACUUAAUUUAGACUAAAACGAGCUUUAUUAGACUAAGAUAAUAAGUUAUAGGUUAUAUUUGAACCAGACUGUCUGGUAAAUUUUAUACCAAAUAUACACCUACUAAGAAU